AUAGCCUCCAGUCACACAUCUCAGUUCAGUUUGCAACACCAAGCCGAAUCUCAUAUUGUCAGGUUCUUAGAUCUGAAAACAAUGUCGAAUCCAAGGGUUUUCUUUGAUAUACUGAUUGGUGGGAUGAAGGCGGGUCGUAUUGUAAUGAAGUUGUUUGCUGAUGCUACACCAAAGACUGCUGAGAACUUCCGUGCCCUUUGCACUGGUGAGAAGGGGAUUGGAAGUUCUGGUAAGCGAUUGCACUACAAGGGCUCUGCAUUUCACCGCAUCAUCCCAAAUUUCAUGUGUCAGGGUGGAGAUUUCACAAGGGGUAAUGGGACUGGAGGAGAGUCCAUCUAUGGCGCAAAGUUUGAGGAUGAGAACUUCAAGCUGAAGCAUACAGGUCCUGGGAUUCUGUCCAUGGCAAAUUCUGGACCAAACACCAAUGGUUCUCAGUUCUUCAUUUGCACAGAUAAGACCUCAUGGCUCGAUGGAAAGCAUGUUGUGUUUGGGAAAGUGGUUGAUGGUUAUAGCAUUGUUCAGAAGAUGGAGAAGGUUGGUUCGGAUUCAGGGUCGACUACAGAACCUGUGGUUAUUGAAAAUUGUGGUGAGUUAUCUGUAGACUGGUAUUGAGUAGCAGUAUAUCAGUGUCUAAAAUUAGAAUGCUCUUGUAAAGCAAGUAGUAGACUUGUUGAUUUAACUUGAAUAAAUACAUGUAGUGUGGAUCAUCUUGUGUGGUCUGCUAAUGGAUGUUGUGUUGUUUACAAUUCUAUUCGAGUUUUCUGUGUUGACUCCACAGCGAAGCAGUCU